CUUCUUUUGUGUCCUGCUUUCUUGUUCGUCUCCAACAGGCAAGCAGGUUCAAACCUCUCACGUAUUAUCACUAUAGAGGUGUCUUUUGAGCUGUUCCUAUCCCAGUCUGUCCAGCUUUCCUAUCCUCCAUCCCGCUCAAAUCGGAUCCCUGCCGAUACAAGCCGCCGUCGUCUUUGGGUCUUAUUUUUUAUUUUUUUUUAAUAAACUUUUGUUGGAAGACAAGCAAAGGAGAGCAAGCACACAAAAAGGAACUUGCUUCGAGUGUCCAUACACAGCAGGACGAACAAGAUUUCUAGCUACAAAUCGCGCGCAAUAGACAUAUCCCCUCCUGUCUUCCUCCGUCACGGCCCAGUGAAAAACUUCCUACCUCGCACCCUCCUCUCUCCAAGAUGUCUCCCUCGGCGCAUAAUGGACCCAAACUGCCCGCCGAGCAACUCGCGAUCCUGGCUGUCGUCAGGUUCGCAGAGCCUCUGGCUUUGACCUCAGUCUUCCCUUACCUACCUGAGAUGAUCAAGAGCUUCGGUGUCCCCCACAACAACGUGGCGAAAUGGGCGGGCAUGGUCGGGUCUACCUUCUCGAUAUCUCAGAGUCUGUGUGCUGUUCCGUGGGGUCGACUCUCGGACAAGAUCGGGCGAAAACCUACCAUCCUGAUGGGUUUGAUCAAUGUCAUGUUUUGUUUCCUGCUCUGGGGCACGUCGACGAGUCUGGUGCAGGCCUUUGCAGCACGGUUUCUGAUGGGCCUGGGCAAUGGAAAUGUUGGCAUAAUACGAACCAUGGUGGCAGAAAUGGUCCCAUGGAAAGAACUCCAGCCUCGAGCAUUCUCUCUGAUGCCUCUGGUCUGGAGCAUAGGUUCCGUGUUCGGUCCCUCGUUUGGUGGUUUCUUCGCCCGCCCCGCCCAGCAGUAUCCUGCCCUCUUUGGCAACAGCUGGUUGUUCAACAAGUACCCUUUCCUCCUGCCCAACCUCGUGGCCUGCAUCUUUUUCCUGUUCUCCGUCGUGGUCGCCUUCCUCUACCUCCACGAGACCCUCGAGACGAAACGCCACGACAGGGACUGGGGCCUCGACCUGGGCGAGAAGAUCUCUCGUUCCCUCAAGCGCAAGCCCCGGCACGCAGGCCACCGCCGCCACCACCGAGCCUCUUUCAUAGACGCCGAGGCCUCGGCUCCCUUACUGCCCAAGUCCGCCGCGGUGGUCGUGAGGAAGGCAAACAGCAGCAGCGGCAGGUCGAGCAAGGACAGCGACGCAACCCCGCCGCCCACGAUGCGCGAGAUCUUCACGCCCCAGGUCACCAUCAACAUCGUCGCCUACACGAUUCUGGCUCUGCACGCGGUGGCCUUUGACCAGGUCCUGCCUGCCUUUCUCGACUAUCCGCGCCAGAACCCGGACGAGGCCGUUGUUCAGCUGCCGUUUCACUUUUCGGGCGGGUUUGGGCUGAACUCGAGCGAGAUCGGGACUCUGUUCACCGUGUAUGGCUUUGCGUGUGGUGUUAUUCAGUUUUUCGUGUUCCCGCCUCUUUGCUCUCGCUUUGGUGCCCUGAAUUGCUUCAAGGCUGGCACAAUCCUCUACCCCAUCUUCUACCUACUCGUCCCCUACACAGCCCUCAUCCGCUCCCCCACCAUCCAGUACGCAUGCCUCCUCGCCCUCCUGCUCGUAAAAGGCUUCGCCGGCAUCGUCGGCUUCCCCUGCAUCACCAUCCUCCUCACCAACUCGGCGCCGACCCUGCGCAUCCUCGGCACCCUCAACGGCUUCGCCACCACCUUCUCCGGCAUCGGGAGGGCCAUAGGUCCCACCAGUGCAGGCGCCAUCUUCUCGUGGGGGGUCAAGAGGGGGUCUGUGGUGCCGGCGUUUUGGUUCCUGGCGCUUGUGGCGCUGGGCCAGGUGAUUCCGGCGUGGAUGAUUGUGGAGAGUGAUGGGCCGAGGUCGGACGAGACGGAUGAGGAGGAGUUGGAGGACGAUGAGAUCUCGCUGGAUACGGACGAGGAGGACGAGCAUGCGGCUGAUGUGAUGGGUGCUGGAAGGGAGGAUGCGGUUCUGGGUGUGGAUGAGGACGGGUUCUCGCCUCUUGUGAGGGUCAAUUCGCGGGCAUCCAAAGGGAGUGUUGGGUAUGGUACCAUUCGUCAAUAAUGGAUGGACCUCGGGUUUCUACAGGAAGGAGAUGGAAGUGGAAAUCCAGAAUGGUGGUGAGGCCGAGAAAUGAAUGUUUUCUAUUUCGGUAUCAAAACAUUGCUAUGGGCGUUUUGGGAGUUGUUGGGCAGCAAAAAGACAAAAACAGAAUGAUAUGAACACAAUGGUCGGUCUUGCAAUGAUUUGUCAGGUUACACUGGGGUUUGUUUUUAUACAGUUUCUAGCAUACUAAGUACUUUAUAGUACAUCUGAAGACAAAGAAGUUGUCAACAAGACACAAG